CUGCCCCUCUUAUGAUUGGGUGGGAGGAGCCAACUUCAAAGCCCUAGCCAAUGGAGCUUAGGCUUGGCUUGGACUGUGAGUGGCCGUUGGGGAAGCCUAACCGCCAUGUUGAGCGGCGAUGGCCGGAGCUGCUGGCCUAGUCGAGGCCGAGCCCGAGCCCGUGCCCAAGCGCGGAAUUCACUUUCCCUGCCCCUGACUGGUUUGAGCAACUUGCAUCUUAAAGAGGAGAAAAUCAAACCAGAUGCCAAUGGUGCUGUUGUUAAGACCAGUGCUAACACAGAGAAGACAGAGGAAGAUGAGAAAGAGGACAGAGCUGCUCAGUCUUUACUCAACAAGCUGAUCAGAAGCAAUCUUGUGGAUAACACCAACCAAGUGGAAGUCCUGCAGAGGGACCCGAGCUCCCCGCUCUACUCAGUGAAGUCCUUCGAGGAGCUUCGCCUGAAACCACAGCUUCUCCAGGGAGUCUAUGCCAUGGGUUUCAACCGCCCUUCCAAGAUCCAGGAGAAUGCACUGCCUUUGAUGCUUGCUGAGCCCCCACAGAACUUAAUUGCCCAGUCUCAGUCUGGUACUGGGAAAACAGCUGCCUUCGUGUUGGCCAUGCUCAGCCAAGUAGAGCCUGCAAACAACCAUCCCCAGUGUCUCUGCCUCUCUCCAACCUAUGAGCUGGCUCUUCAAACAGGAAAAGUGAUUGAGCAGAUGGGCAAGUUUUACCCUGAACUGAAGUUAGCUUAUGCUGUUCGAGGCAAUAAAUUGGAAAGAGGUCAGAAGGUCGGUGAGCAGAUUGUCAUCGGUACCCCUGGGACCGUCCUGGACUGGUGCUCCAAAAUGAAGUUCAUUGACCCCAAGAAGAUCAAGGUGUUUGUUCUGGACGAGGCUGAUGUGAUGAUAGCGACUCAGGGCCACCAAGACCAGAGCAUCCGCAUCCAGAGGAUGCUGCCCAGAAACUGCCAGAUGCUGCUUUUCUCUGCCACCUUUGAAGACUCAGUGUGGAAGUUUGCCCAGAAGGUGGUCCCAGACCCCAACAUCAUCAAGCUGAAGCGUGAAGAGGAGACGUUGGACACCAUCAAACAGUAUUAUGUCCUUUGCAAUAACAGAGAGGAGAAGUUCCAGGCCCUGUGCAACUUGUACGGGGCCAUCACCAUCGCCCAAGCCAUGAUCUUCUGCCAUACCCGCAAAACAGCUAGCUGGCUGGCGGCAGAGCUCUCCAAAGAGGGCCACCAGGUGGCCCUGCUGAGUGGAGAGAUGAUGGUGGAGCAGAGGGCUGCUGUGAUCGAGCGCUUCAGAGAAGGCAAAGAGAAGGUUCUGGUGACCACCAACGUGUGUGCCCGUGGUAUUGAUGUUGAACAAGUGUCUGUGGUCAUCAAUUUUGACCUUCCUGUGGACAAGGACGGGAACCCAGACAAUGAGACCUACCUGCACCGCAUUGGGCGCACAGGCCGCUUUGGCAAGAGGGGCCUGGCAGUAAACAUGGUUGACAGCAAGCACAGCAUGAAUAUCCUCAACAGAAUCCAGGAGCAUUUCAAUAAGAAGAUAGAAAGAUUGGACACAGAUGACUUGGACGAGAUCGAGAAAAUAGCCAACUGAGAAGCUUCUCCAUGGGCUGGCGCCACCCUCAGCACUCCCUGCCUGGGACUCCAGUGCUUUUAUGGCAUAGGCCUUGACAGGCACCUCAAAGACCAAGGUCUGAGUAGAGACUACCUACCUCAUUCGGAAUUACGUUUGGACUUGACAGAAAUUUGUGCAAAUGAUGAGGGAUGGUAGAAAAUUUGUUUACACAACUUUGGAAGAUUAGGCAUGAAUGAAUACACAGAAAUUUACCUUUUACAAGUCCCGUCUUUUUUUUUUUUUUUUUUGGACAGAACUUCCCCAUCUUUACACUAAUCUAGACAAUACCCCAAGGAUUCCUUAUGACAGAACUUAGCUGAGUAUGACUUGGAGUGUUCAGGCCAGGCGUGUGCAAGUAGCCACACAGUAGUACAAGAAAGGCAGAGUCCCCAGGUAGGAGAAGGAUGUGUCAGGAGGGUAGCACGAGGUAGUUGUCCUGUGGACUGCUGUGUAGGACCUGGUGUGCAGUGGCUGAGCUGGAUGGAUGGUGCCAGACCCCGCUGACACUCUUUCUAGGAAACGACUUGUAUGCUGGACCAAAUGCCUUUGGGUCCCCCUGUCUCUCUAUUGAGCUUUGUGCCUCAGGAAUGUGAUGUUCUUUCCAGCAGGCAGCAGUCAUGUGCUGUGCAAAUCUGGUAUUGUGAGUUCUCGGCUCAUACUUCAGCAAGACCUGUGGGGCAGUUGUCAGAGGAUUAGUGGUACCUUGGCUUACACCUAGUUCAUGGGGACUUGAACCAUUGUUUUUACAUCUGUAACAUCACUUUGAGUGUUAGUUGUCCCAGGCAAAUAAAAGGGUACCUGAGAUCUGGAUUUUAAGUGAGUACUAUAGCUUCAAGUUUCUGAUGGGCAAGCAGUCUUGAUCUGAGCAGUUGCCAAAAAUCCUUGCUUUGUCGGUGGUUCCCAAAGACUAGUCCUAUCAGGGCUAGGGGUGAUUACAGACAUUGAGCAUUGUGAGUCUGCAGGGAUUCUCAUGGUCUGUGUUCACAGUGCCUGGAAUGAAUACAAGUGAGUGAGAUGAAGGGCAGAUGGACCACAACCAUUUGUCUGUCCAAGACAGAGUAAUCGCCAUGCGUUUGCUCCUUCCUCCCUUAGCACCUGUCAGUAGAAUAGUAAAGCAAACAAUAGGAACAGAAUUUGUCACAGUUAGGUCAUAGAUACCCUGAGUGACGCAAACGGAAAGAUCGAGAGGCAUCCUCUCAUGGGGUGAGUCCUCUCUCUAGCGCCUGUUUUGUUUUGUUGCAUGUAUGUGUUUGCUGGGACUCAAAGCCAGAGCCCUGUGGUCUGUAAUGUAAGCACGUUACACUUAACCAUUAUUCCCAGCCAUGGUAGAAGAAUUUUGUGAUGAGAGGUAUUGAUCCUAGAUCUUCUUAUCUGUGUUCAUGUAUCUUAAGGCCAGCUCUGUCACCUGGGAAAGGAGAGUGCCAUGGCUACCGCCUGGGGCUACCGCUCAGUGUCACAGAGAAACCAACAGCCUGCCAGUUCUCUACUUUCUCCAGUGGGUAUUUGAAUAGAAUUCUCUGUGUGCUUUUGGCCAACUUUGAUCUAUCUUAGGAGUCUUAAAAGGAGAGAAUAAACUUUUUCUCUUAAAAUACUGUGGACCAAACUUGAGAUAACUGAAAACAAGGACUGUAGUUGGAGAAGUGUGAGACUCUUCCCUGAGUCUGAGAAGGAGAAUGGGGAAGGAGAGCAGCAGCCUCUCCAGUGGCUUCUGGUGGAAAUGUAGAUCGGCCUCCUAACCUAGAGUCCUGCUCCUCCAAGAAUCAACUGGAUGGGUUUCAUGGUGUCUGUGGGGAUUCAUUGGUUUAAGGUUAAAAACUAAUUGGAAAGACUCCCAAAAGACUAUCCACCUUUUAAAAAGGUGAGGCCUACAUUGUGGAUGGCUCUGGAAGUCACUUGUGUCAUGUGGACCAUAUUCCUUCACAGCCCACACUCACUCCUGCCACCACCUGUCCCCCAGGGCGAGGUUAGUACUGUUAGGAGCCUUCAGAAUGUAUUGAGCUUGCAGAGCCUUGGUACCAGGGAUUAGACUGAUGUCAAUAAAGUUAUGUAUCUAGGAAAUGAUAAACCGAGCCCUCAGAGACAGGAGCUCAGGGAAAGGAGAGAAAGAAGCUCAGGGAAAGGAAUUUUUUGUCUAAUGAAAAGUUUUGUAACAUUCAUUAUCCACAAACAGAUCUUAAUGGAUUUUUACUCUUUGACCUCAAACUUAAAUUCCUGCCUCAGUUUCUUGAGUGUUAGAAUUAUAGGUGUGUACUAUCAUGCCAGACUGAGGUAUUUUGUUCUCAGAGUAUCAUUUAUUGGUUGGUUGCAUAAGAUCUGAUCAAUUGUUGAGACAUAGUCUUUUGGGAGUUUAGGGUUUUUGUUUGUUUGGAUUUUUUUUUUUUUUUGGUUCUUUUUUUUCGGAGCUGGGGACCGAACCCAGGGCCUUGCGCUUCCUAGGCAAGCGCUCUACCACUGAGCUAAAUCCCCAGCCCCUGUUUGGAUUUUUUGAGACAGGGUUUCUCUGUGUAUCCCUUGCUGCCCUGGAAUUUGCUCUGUAGUAGACCAGGCUGGCUUUGAACUCCAGGAUCCACCUGCCUCUGACUCCUGAGUGCUGGGAUUAAAGGUGUGCACUUCCACAUCCUGCAAGAUACAGUUUUUCCUGGUGUUAAUUAUGAAUUAUUCAUGUUACUAAGACAGGAAUGAUUGUAAGAAGGAAGCAGCAUUUUGUGGUUGUUGGUGUAUUAAGUAGUUGACAUUGCCUCAGGCUAGUAUCAGUCGUUUAGUUGGUACUGUUCUAGCACGAGCAACCAGGGCUCUCUACAGACCAGGAUUCUGUUCACUCGCCAGAGGAACUCACACACACACCUCACCCCACUUUAGUAAAACAGGAUGAUGUUGGUCACUGCCUAUAAAGUCAGUCUAUGGAUGCAUCUUCCAGGAGUGAUGGUAUAUACCAGUCAGGCCCAGCAUUAGCAAGCAUGAUAGUCCGUAUCUGUAAAUCCCAGCAUUAGCAAAGCUGAGGCUAGAGGGAUUGGAGUUUAAAGUAAGCCUAGGCUACAUAGGUCCUGUCUCAAAAAACAAAACAAAACAAAAAAUAGUCUGAGCAUGGUGCUUCAUGCCCAUAAUCCUGGCAUUUGUGAUCUGAAAGCAGGAAGUUCAGGAGUUCAGAGCUAACCUAGGCUCCAAGAAGCUGGCUCAGGGCAUUCCACCUGGAGGCUGAGGCAGAAUUGCUGAGUUCAAAGCCAGCCUGGGUUACUUAGAAAUAGGCCAGCCUUAGCUCUGUACACUGAGUCAAGUUGACAAGGGUGGAAGAGAGAUUCUGGGAAAACAGAGCUCAGGUGGCCAUGAGUGGGAGAGAAAAGUCAGGGUCACAGGAUAAAAUGCUGCAGCUGUUUUAGUUUUUGUUUGGGAUAGGGUCUCAGUGUUCAACACAGGCUGGCCUGGAAAUCAAAGCAAUUCUACCUCAGCCUCCUGAGUGCUGGGAUUCUAGGCAGGAGCCAUCAAGACCUGGUGACUAAAUUUUGGCUGCAUCAUAGUCCAGUGUCCUGCUGUGACAGACUAGCCAGGGCUGGGCAGUCUGAGGACAGGUGAGCAUGCGGGCGUGGAGGCGGAGACGUCAACAUCAGCAUUAGCAGCAGGAUGAGGAAUUCUGAAAUCAGUGUAGCAAAACUGGCUUUCUGUUGUUGGAGGGGGGAACUGGACUGCCUGCCUCCUUUGCCCACACUCAGGUAAUGACUGUUUCUCUUGGUCCUCAUUAGAGACACCAGAUUCUUGAGGACUCCUUGCAAGUUUACAUGGCUUUGCUUCUCUAUGAGAAUAAAUACCUGUGUUCUGUUGCCUGGCUGUUAAGGUGUCUUCUAUAAAGGACCCUGGGGCAUGAAAUUAACCCAAGAAACUUACGCUGAGGCACUUACACCGCUUUUCUUGUCCUUAGCUGAGAUAGAACUUUCCCAGAACAACUUGAAACCCCGUGUGAAGAUGCAGACUCAUGCUUGUCUUGGCUUCCAGACUGUCUUGGCUUUAGAAUCCGAAGGGGCAGGGAGGCGGCUGCUCUGUCAUAGUUUCAGUCAUGAAGUGGGGAAUGACUAGAAGGUGGAGGAAGGUAUGGUGGCCCUGCAGAUGUCAUCUUAACACUUGCAGGGCUGAUGGUUGAAACGUUUGAGUACUGCUAGGGCUACAGAGAUCUGGACUGUGUCGUGAGAUCAUGAUCAGGUUAGGUCAAGCUUUACAGUGAUGCCUGACAUGCCCGCUGUCCAUGAACCAUGUCUCCCCUCUGUCUUAGCUACAGUUAAUGGGCAGAGAGAGACAAGGGUGAGAGAGCAGACCUUCUGUGUCUUUUUGAGCCCAGAAUUGUGGCUAGCUUUUGCCAAGGGAAGAAAUAGGUUUCCCUAGAAGACUACUGUUGUUCAAUGUGUUUUCCCCAUUCCAGUUCUUCAACCUAAAAGCAGCCUACUGAGUGUAGGUUGUUGUAAUUAUUCCCUGAGGGCAAGCCUCCCUCCCCAUUCACACUUGAAGGAACAAGUCAGGUUAUGUGGCUAAGUAAGCCUGUCACACUUGAAGGAACAAGUCAGGUUAUGUGGCUAAGUAAGCCUGUCACACUUGAAGGAACAAGUCAGGUUAUGUGGCUAAGUAAGCCUGGUUUUUUGGGUUUUGGUUUUAUGUGUGUGUGUGUUCAGCUCAUUUUGCUAUCUGACAGCAGUGGCUGCUGAAUAUGCGUAGAAAUUAUCAAGCUGUGGCUAGUGCAUGACUCUGGUUAUUACUGAUCCAGGUCCUAAAGGUCAGAGGGCACUGGCUGCCUCAGGGAGUUGUCAUUAGUGGGGCACUGGUGCCUAGCCUCUCACUAAUUUUAUUUUUUAAGACUUGCUCAUCUUUUUAAAUAAAUAUAUUUUUAAAAUUG